AUGAUCAUCUACGACGACAGGAGCUGGGUAGGAGUAAUUUUCACCUGGACCGGCAGUGUGCUGCCAGUUGUGUGGCCACGGAUCUUGUUGUUGGUUCUCGUGAUAUAUGCUGCCUACGAACUCCUGGGCUGGCAGCACUGGCGCUUCCACAUGAUGGAGGAGGCCGAGAAGAGUAUGCAGAUGCUUGGUGGGACAAUGUCCUUCCUUCUGAUCUUUCGGGCAAAUCAAGCCAACGCUCGGUAUUGGGAGGGGCGCACUUACAUUUCCCGCUUCUUUGAAGACAUCAGGGACUAUGUGAUGUUCUUCAACCUCUACGUUCGCGGCGGCCGAAAAACCGUCAACUGGGACUGUGGAAACAAGCUCGCAGUUAUUGAAGAAGAUGAGAACGAUGAGCUAGCAAGGAGGGCUCGCAUUACAGCUGUGCGACUGUGCGUGGCCUUCGCCGUGAUGCUGAAGACACAUACUCGGCUCCAGCAUUCGGGCUACUGCUUUGGCCGCAUUUCUCGCAGGACGAAGUGGGCCGUCGACUGGGACAGGUUCCGUUUGCACCAGCUCCUCAAGGACUGGGAGUUCCGCACUGUGGACGCCCACUUCAACAUCCUUUGCAGCCAAGCCACAACCCUCCAGGAGUUUGAACAACAGUUCCAGAGCUACGAUGAAGGCCCCCCUCCGGACUGGCCAUCACAUUUCAAAGUGAACACCGAGCCAGCUGCCAGAGCACAUCUAGCCUUGGCUUACCUCAUCAAGGAGAACCUUGUGAUGAACAUGAACGACGCCUUCAACUCCCUUCCGCAUGGUCUUAAGGAGCGCUUGGUGCCAUUAAUGGCCAGUCUCCUGAAGUCUGCUUUGGAUUCCUAUGAGGGUGUUACAGUAAUCAUCUCAACACCCCUGCCUUUACCAUAUGUUUGCCUUUGCAAGUUGCUCCUUACCGUGUGGAUGGUCCUCUUCCCGCUUACAGAGGAUCCUAGCCUUGGCUUGUUCGGCGGUGUCAUGGUUCCGAUCUUCGUGAUGCUUGCAUUGCUGGGUAUCGAUGCUAUCUCCACCGAGCUGGAGGACCCUUUCGGAGACGAUGCCAAUGAUUUGGAUAUCUCCGAGCACAUCGCGAGCCUGGAGUCGGAGGCCUUGGCUCUCUUGGAGCUCUCUGGCGACGUGAAGGCUCGUGAUGCCUUCGCGUGGCGCUGCUUGCCGCGGCUCAUUGCAGAAGAAAGCUGCAAGCCCAUAUACAGACAGCUCGUCCUCGCUGAGCUUGCAGGCGAGGAACUUGUGGAGGCAACAGGAGAGUCAGUUCGACUCAGCAUGGAUCGAGAUCACAUGGAUGAAUUUCGCGCGCCUUCCGCAGCGCCGGCUAGAUCCUACUCCGGCACACGUCUGGAUGAGGAUCCCUAA